GCAGGGUGCUGUCCUGUGGGAUGGAUGACGCCCAAGAGCAGGACCACUACGAGGAGCGCUUAAAAGAAGUUUUUAACAGUUUUGACACCAGUGGCUCCGGCUCUCUGAACCCAGAAGAACUCUCCGACCUCUGCCAGUCCCUGCACCUGGGUGAUGCCACGCCAGCCCUUCUCCACGCUCUGCUGCAGCAGCAGGACCAACUCACUGCCAGGGUUGACUUUGAACAGUUCAAGGAUGCACUGAUUCUGGUUUUGUCAUCAAGCAUCGAGCCACCUCAGGCAGAACAGGAGACCCUGCCAAAACCAGAGUCUCCUGAGAUCCAACCAAAGUUUGUAAAGGGCAGUAAACGAUAUGGCCGCCGCUCUACGCCAGAGUUCAUAGCGCCUAUUUCAGACUUUCCCGAAGUUAUGAACGCAAACGUCGAGGAGGGGGAGGAUCUGGAGGAAAACUAUGACUCAGCCGUUCCUAGGAAGCGUGAGCGCUGGAAUGUUCAUGCAACAAGCACAGAGGAGUACGAGGCGGAGGGCCAGAUGCAUCUCUGGAACCCCGAUGAGCCGAGCACCCCUCGGGGAUCCAUCGCUCCCCUGUCGAACCGUUUAGAGGAGAGGCUGCGUGAAGCCUGUGAAGAGUUGGCGAUAUCGUGGGACGGAUGUGCCAGUCACACCGAACUGCUCACUCUAUGUGAAUACCUUGGCUUGGAGGUAAAUGGGGAUAUGCUCCAGAGUCUAACCGGCGACGGAGUGAUGAAUGUUCAAGAGUUUGUUUCCAGGGUUGUAAACCACAACAAACCCCCGACACCCUCCGCCUCCACACCUUACAGACAACUCAAACGACUCCACUCCACUCAGCCGUUUGAUGAGGGAGGCCGUAGAAUAGCGACCUCCGCUGCCCUGACCAGCACCAUUGGCAUGCGUCUGUUCUCCACCCUCGAUGACGGUACCGGUUACAUUCCAGUCGAAGACGUCUUGGAUGCCUGGAUGGAAGAAGGCAUCGAAAACAGCACUGAGAUCUUGCAGGCCUUGAAUUUCGACCUCGAUGGAAAACUAAGUCUUAGUGAUCUCACCAUGGCACUUGAAAACGAGCUACUCGUUACUAAGAAUGGGAUUCACCAAGCAGCACUGGCGAGCUUCAAAGCUGAGAUCAGACAUCUCCUAGAGCGUGUCGACCGAGAACUCAGGGAGAAAGAGAAAAUCCGAUCUGACCUGGAAAAAGCAGAGAAACUGAAAACUCAGCUUGCCACCGAGGUUGAUGAGCAUCACUCUGCAAUCGAGCACACAAAUAACCUUAAUCUCAGGAAGCUUGAGCAAGACCACAAAGAGAAGCUAGCAGCAGUGCGAUCAGAGCUAAUGAAAGAGAUGGACCAGAUCCAGCAGCAGGCGGGCCUGCAGCGUGAGGAACUGGAGGCAGAGAUCGAGAAGAUCAGGGAGGAUGAAUCUUUUCUCCGAGACCAUCUCUCCAUCUCUGUGAAGGAAAACAGACGUCUUGAGAUGGAGUUGCUGGACAACACCGAAAAACUAGUGGAGGCACAAAGCCAAAUUACAAAACUCCAGACGAGCAUGGAUAACGUUAUGAAGGAAAAGUUUGGUGACUUGGACCCUGGCAGCGCAGACUUCCUUCUCCAGGAGGAACGUAUUAAACAACUACGGGGCAGCUAUGAAGCGCAGUGCAGGGAACUGCAGGAUCGUAUUGAUGAGCUGCAGUCAGAGUUGCAGGAGUUCCACAGUCUCGGUCGAACUCAUCAGUCCUGCCACAAACCUCUCUCUGAAGAGUUGGAGAGUAAAAGCCCCGGCAUGGAGUCUGACCCAGGCCUCGGUUCAGAGGAGGUUCAGCCGUUCAGCAUGAGCCUAGAUGCAGAGAUGAUGCUGGAGCAACUAAAGGAGCAACAUCUUCAGGAAAUUGAGGAAUUGCGAAACCAGCUGGAAAGCAAGAUCAGUGAAUUUGAUGAGAUGGUCGAAAAGCAGAGGGCGACACACGAGGACCAGAAGGCUACAUUGGCCCUCCAGUACCAGCAGGAGGUCCAGGCUUUAAGGGAGGAGAUGGCCGACGUUCAGAGCCACGCACAGGAGCUCCAGAGCCAGCUCGAGCAGGCGGAGCUGGAGCGGACCUGUCUGGAGCAGAAGCAGGCCGAGGAGAGGGAAGAACUUGAGAACUUGAAGGAGGAGGAAGUGGGAGCCCUCAAACAACAGCUGCUAGAGGCCCAAACCAACACUGCAGACCUGGAGGAGCAGCUGAACACCCUCAAAGCCCAGCAGGCUGCGACGGAUGAAAACCUUGCCACUGAGAUGGAGGAGCUGAGAAACCAGCAUGCCGAUAAUAUCAAGACACUAGAGGAGAAGAAUGUGGAGCUGCUUGAAGCCAGACUGGAAGAGGAGAGACAGAAAUUGCAGGAAGAAAAGGAUGAGUUGGAAAAGAGAUUGUUAGAUGAUUUUGAAGGGGAGAAGGGAUUAUUGAAACAAAGCCAUGAGGAUGAACUGAAUGCCAGACUAGAGGAGGCAAAGUGCAGGUUUGAGGGAGAGCGUGACGAGACUGUGCAAAGACUGACGGAGCAGUGGCAGAAAGAGAGAACUCAGCUGGAUGAGCAGAAUAACGAGACUCUGCAGGUGUUGCUGGAGGAGGAGAUGCUGAGACUCGUCAAGGAGCAGGAAGAGAAGGAGAGCAAGCUCAGGGAACAGUGGGAGAGCGAACGAGCUCAGCUACAGGAGCGUCACGAGGAGGCUCUGCUCGACAGAAUCCUUCAGGAAAGGUUGCAGUUACAAGAGCAGUACGAGCAGAGGGAGAACAAGCUAAAGGAGGAGUGGGAGAGGGAUAGGUUGCAGCUGGAGGAGGAUUAUGAAGGGAUGCUCCAGGAUAGGCUGAACGAAGACAGGGAGAAGCUUGAGAGUGAGAAAGAGGAGGCAGAGAGGAGAGCAGGAUGCUUGAUGGAGGAGGAGAAAGCUCGUCUAGAGGAGAGCCAUCGAGAGGCCUUGCAGGAGCUGACUGUCAAACACACCGAGGAGAGGAACGCGCUCAGCAGCAUGUUGGACAAACUACGAGACGACAUCGCUCAGGAGAGGAGGGAAAUCGAGGUCAGCUUCUCCCAAAGAAUCAAGGAGGUGGAAGAUCGUUUCUCAGGUGAUCAAGAAUGUGUCGCAGAGCGUUUUAAGGCUGAUAUUUUGAAACUCGAACAGCACUACCAAAGUGAGCUGAAGACGCUUUCUGAAAGCCACGUUGAGCAGAAGCUAAACUGGGAGGCAGAGGUGCAGAAGGCCCUUGAGAACGCUGAAGAACAAAGAAAAAUAAUGGAGGAGGGCAUGGAGCAAGAAAAAGAGAGCCUAAAUCAGGAGUGGACAAAAGAAAGACAUGAGCUGGAAGGUAUUCACAAGGAAGAACUGGAUGCACUGGUGAUGAAGAACCAGCAGCUGCAAAAUGAACUGGAUAACCUCACUAGUAUGGCCCAGACUAAAGAAAUAGAGCUCAGCAGGCAGCUAAAUGACCUCCAUAACCGGCUUCAGGAAAACCUGCAGACCAAAGAGGAGCUUCUGGCUCAGUCUGAUCAGAAAGCAGUUGAGGCUGAACUUCUGCUAAAUCAAAUUGUGGAAGAUUUUAAACAGGAGAGGGAAGAACUUCUGAGUAGCCAGUCAGAACUUGAGGGAAAAUACAACGAGAUGCUUUCAAUUUCUGAGAGGCAGGUAAGAGAGAGGAUCGAACUGUUAACUGAGCGUGAUGACUUAAAGAUGAAGAUAGAAGAGCUGGAGAUGCUUCUUAAACAGGCAGCAGUGGACUUUGAUCUGGAGAGGAAGGAGCUACUGGAACUUAUCUCCAGUCUUGAGGAAAAGUUAAAAGAUAAUCUUAAGAAUGAAGAUCUUGUAGCAGAGCGAGAUCUGCUGAGAAUGAAAAUUGAAGAGCAAGAGAUGGAACUCAGUCGAGUUUUGGCCGCUGCAGAAAAGGCUGAGAAGAUGGAAAUAGUUGAAUCAGAUGAGGUGGAAGAGGUGCUAAACCAGGAAACAUGUUCGGCACCCUCCGAAAUCUGUCUUGAUAAUGUUAUUCUUGCCGAUUCCAAUGAGGAAGUAGUUUGUUUGUCACCAGUUGAAGCAAUUCUGGAUGAAAAAGAGACUCCUGAUGCAAUGGAUGGAUGUCCUGAAAAUAUCCAAAGUGCUACUGAUGAUGAUAAAGAAGACAACAUGCCCGAAAUAAAGACAGAUGCCACUGAGAACCAAGAAGAAGCUGAUGAAAUUGUCAUGCAAGAUAAGAUGACUGAGGACUCAAAUGCUGUUGGCGAGGGAUGUGAUGAUCACGUUGUUGCUGCUUCAGAAGAUUACCAAGUUGGAGUUUCAAGCCCCGAAGAAGCUGAAAAAGACCCAGAUGUAGUCUGUUGUUCUGCAGAAACUGAACUUUCUCAUGAAGAAGAUCCCUGUGAUAACCAUGACCCAGAAUCCUCAGUUCCAGGCGAAAAUCAUUGCGGUGAUGCUGAAAAUUUGAAGAAUGUUGAAAACAAAAAAGAGGCUGUUUCCUCAAAUAGUCAGUGUGAAGUGGAAGAGUUCGCCUCAUCGCUCGAGGCAUUUGAAGGUGAUGAAGAUGCAACAGCUGGUGAGAACAAAGUUGCUCACGAAUCAUGUGAAGAGGAGAACAAACCUCAAGAUGUGCCAGCUGAAGAUGAGCUGUAUCAUGAGACUGCGGUUGAUCCCUCAGCGCUUGGAGAGACAGGUGACCCUUAUGAACUUUCUCUAGAGGAUGCUGAGGAUAUUUGUCUACCGAGUGUCUCUCACGAGCCGGAACAUGAAGUUGAACUUGAUGAGGAUGCUGACUGCGCACGUGAUUGUUUGGAACUGCUGGAUGAAGAUGGUGAUUGCGAGCACCAGGAUUUUUCUCUCUUCAAACUACAGGCUUUGUAUAACACUGCUACAGAGGAGAACAUCCUACUACAUGAGAAGAUUACUUUGCUUCAGCAGAAAACAGAAAUCCUUGAAAAUCUUUUGGCUCAUAACAAUGAAAAGAUCAAAACCGGCCAGCAGGUGUUAGAGGAGAACUACAGCCUCAAAGUCAAAAUGCUGCUGUUGAUGGAGCACAUCAAAACGCUGGAGAUAAAGGCCUUAAAAAUGACGGAUCUUCAGAUUAGAUACGAAGAUUGCAUGUGUGAAAAUGCCAAACUGAAGGAUCAAAACGGUGAACUUGAAAAGAGGGUUUGGAGCCUCGAAAGCAGGAUGAAUAUUUUCCAUGAUUUCCAAGACCAGCAGAUUGCACUUGUGGAUGAGAUCAGCAGGAUGCGAGAGGAGAACAGUAAGCUGUCCGAGUUGUUCAGCGACUUGGAGAGGCAGGGUGACGCGCUUUCGGCCGUGCAAACAGACACCGGAUCCCCACAGAGCCCCUCAGAGGAGUCCUUCCUGGAUCUGAACAGCCAGGCGGUGUCUGGCCUGCAGGACUGCUGCAUGGAGUUUGAGAUGCAGAACAUCAAACUCCGCCAAGCCAUCACAGAGCUGCAGGACAAGUCGCAGACAUUAAAUGAAACGACACAGGUCCAUAGAUCCGAGGCCAGUCGUCUCGCUGAAGAAAACCUCCUCCUCAAGCAAAAGAUCGAUGCGUUGAAGGAAGAGGACUUGAAAGAGGCCCAGGAAGAGUUGACUCAGAGUUUGGAGCACUUUAAAAAAGAGAAGAUUUCGGCUCAAAAGGCAGCAGAGAUGUUCAAGAAACAGAUUGUAGUGCUGCGUUCGCAGAGCCAGCAGCUAGAGGAUGAGAAGGGGAUGCUGUCAGAGAAAAAUGCAGAAAAUAUUGCUGACAUGGAGAAGCUAAAACAGCAGCUGGCAGAGCUGAUAAAGGAGAAUGAAAGGAGGGAGGCGUUCCCCGCUGACGAGAAGAACAAGCUGGCAGCUUGUGUGUCUGCUCUGGAGGCAGAAUUGACCAAAGCUCUGGAGGACACUGCACAGCUGGAGGAGAGGAAUACCCAGCUGUCACAGCAGCUCUCUAGUCUCAGAGAGAAGAUGGUCAACGUCGACUCGAUGGAGAAUCAGCUCAGCCAUCUGGUAGAGGAGCGAAAGAGUGUGGGGAAAGAGGCUCAGGGCCUCCGCAGCCAGCUAGCCAAAACUCAGGAGAGGGUAAAGACGGCAGAUGAAACUCUUCAGGCUGCCAACCAUCAAAGUGCUCGUCUUAAGUCAGACGUCCGUCUUUUGCAGCAGGAGAGGGAUGCCCUCAAACAUGAUGUUGCACUGCUGCACAAACAGCUGCAGAAUGCCAACGAUAAAAACCACAUUCUGGAGAUGGCCUUGCACUCGAGCGGUCUCCAGAGUCAGAGCAAGAGGCUGUACGGAGAUGAGGUGUCUCUGCUGAAGGAUCAGGAGCAGCAAGUGCUGAGGCAGGAGAACGAGAGGCUUCAGGCAGAAGUGCAACACAUCAAAGGAGACCUCGUGCAGUCCAGAGAAAAGGUCCGACAGCUUGAUGCCACCAUCCUGUCCCUGAAGCAGCACAAACACAGUCAGUCCUCGCUGGUGAAGGCCUUGGAACAGGAAAACGCCUCUCUGAAGCAGGAACUAGAGGCACAGAAGGAACUGACCAGAGGUUGUGAAGCUGGAGAAGGACACACAGAGCUGGAGAGCCUUCAGCAAGAAAAUGAGGCGCUCAAGGCCCAAAUGGCUCGACUGUCUACGCAGCUCCUAGAGACGUUUCAGGCUCAGUUGGUUGGUCUUCUGCCUCCGUCACCUCACAGGAUGCCCAGGGGACAGCAUCGCGGUGAAGAUCCAGACAACAUGCAGGAUGAAAAGGAGAGGAAGAUGAAGAAUAUGGAGGAGCGUAUGAGGGAAAUUGAACUGUCGCUGCAUAACGUCAAGCUGCUGCUCAAAGAGAAGGUCGCUCAGCUUAAAGACCAGUUGCACAAGAAUGGCAAAGCGGACGUGCUGAUCAAAGACCUGUACGUGGAGAACAGCCAACUGCUGAAGGCUCUGGAGAUAACCGAGCAGCGGCAGAAAAUAGCAGAGAAGAAGAACUACCUACUGGAGGAGAAGAUCUCCAGCCUGAACAAGAUAGUGCGCGACCUAAACCCUUCGCCCCUCCCGUCACUAUCUUACCACUUUAAAUGUUCGUAAGGCAUCGCUCAAAAUGUCCGGGGGGGGGGGUUCAGGAUGUUAACAACACUGGCGAAGCCAAAUGUGAGUGUCCAAAGUCCACCAACAACUUUUUAUUCUUGAUCGAAAUGCACACAAAAAACAUGGUUUUCAGCUGCAUGUCCACUGGCAUGUUAGCUUAAAUUUUAUUGUGUUGCAUAUGCACUACUUUUUAUUUGUUUAUUUUAUUCUAAGCAAUAAUUAGCUCAUGUUUUGUUGGACCUACGAAGACCCAAAUGUGACGCUAGAUGGUAAAAAAAACGUGUGCUAUUUUACUGUAAGUUACAUUUUUAAACUAUUUUUCAAAAUGUUACUAGUAAAUGAGUAAAUAUUUUACCAUGACACUAUAUAUUUCUCCUUCCAGAGAGAGCAAAGUAUUACUUGUAAAACUGACACUGAAGUGCACUUUUUAUAUAAGUGUUCUUUUGUCCGUGUUGUCAAAGAGAUUAGUUGUGUUAAUCUGUCAGUCACUUCCUUCUUGAGCCCUUAUGUAAAGACGAAACUUGUCUGUCAGUGGUUAUUCAUGUAAACAGAAAAGUCAAAUAACCUGGUGACCUUUUCCAGGUAUUUGCUUUCAUUUUAGAAACAGUACCUGAAGUUACAUUCACUUUUAAAUGUCUGUGAAGUGGCAAUACUUACUAUUUAAAUACACUCGAGUAAAAUACUGUGAUCUGUUGCAAUGUCUAAAGUGUCAAUAUGUAAAGCUGCAUUUUUGCCAUCAUGAAUGUCUUUUGAUUCAAAUGAAGGAUCUUGUAUUUGUAUUUGCUGCAAAGAAAGCACUAAAGUUGAGAACAGGGUAAUGGUUUAUGUUACAGGUAUAAAUAAUAAUAAUAAAGACUACAUGGAUCGUG